CGGACUUGUGAAACCGAUAAAAUUGUCAACUUUACUAAAUUGUGUGUGUUUAAUUUUACUUCCAGGGCUACUUGUAGGCCUAUGCAAGUGUCGCUAGUCGAUUCUAAAUGCACGUUUCGUUAGAUUUGUUCCGCUCUCGCCCGGCUCUUUGAUUUUACAGAUUCUGGGCCAAAUUUGAUAGGCAAAACAAGCCUUUUAUACAUUUGAGGAAAGGUACUGCAGUGGACACGACUCUGGGCCGCUGCACAUUGAGUUGAAGAAGAUAGACUGAGGUUACAACCCCGAAGAAUGGCAUCGAAGGGUUCUCACAUUAGGAAGCAAUGCGAUUUUACCAAAUUGCUAAUGGCGGGGUAUGAUUUGGAACUGGUGAAUGGGAGCACGCAAGAGUUUAAUGUAACGUUUCACGGUCCCAAUGGGACGCUUUACGAGGAUGGAGUAUGGCAGGUGCACGUUACGCUUCCGGAUGAUUAUCCAUUUGCCUCCCCUUCGAUUGGAUUUAUGAAUAAAAUGCUCCACCCAAAUGUGGACGAGUCCUCGGGGUCUGUGUGUCUCGAUGUGAUCAACGAGACUUGGACGCCCAUUUACAGUUUGGUUAACGUUUUUGACGUUUUCCUUCCGCAGCUCUUGACUUAUCCGAAUCCGUCGGACCCACUAAACAAUGAAGCUGCCGCUUUAAUGAUGCUGGAUAAGAGGUCGUAUGAAGCCAAGGUGCGAGAACACGUCCGACUUCAUGCUAGCAAGGAGAUGUGGGAGAAGCGCAGGAGUUUGCUCCCAAAGGACUCGAAUAUGGCAGGGGCUGACGACGACACGAGCGACGUUGCCAGUUCCAUAGACGAGGCUGAACUGGAAGAUUUUUAA